GCAGCUGCCAGGGCUCCCUGGAAGGCCAAGGAACCCCGCCCAGCACAUAAAAGGAAUGGGCGGGGCUCGGGCUGGCCCUGGCAGCCUUGGCUGCCGGCCGGCCCACUGGCUGCAGAUCGAGCAGGUGGGGUGUGGGAGCGUGGACCCCAGUGCACUCCUCGCCUCUCCUCUCCGGAGUAAGCCGAGGAGGCCCUCUGGGUCUGGGAGUUCCCCCUUGGCUCCUCCUCCUCCCUGCCUUGACCCUCAUGCCUGCCGGACCUAGGACUCUGAUUGGUUCUCCAUCCCUGUUCCUUGGGGAAGAGAGGAUUGAUUUGGGACUUUGGGGUUCCCAAAGGCGGAGGGGCUCCCCCAUCUGUCCGCCUAGCACCCAAUGCGGCCUCGCCUCCUCCACGGGCUCUCUGGGGUCUCUGUCACCCUCCUCUGGGUGGCGCUCGUCUCCGUGAGGCACAGGACUCCUGCACUCAGUGGGACAGCCCCUGGGGAGAAGAGCUCCAGGCUGCGGGCCCUGGCACUCACAGAGGUCUACAUUGCUGUCAAGACUACCCAGAGCUACCACGGGUCUCGGUUGACACUGCUGCUGGACACUUGGAUCUCCAGGGCAAGGAAUCAGACCUACAUCUUCACUGAUGGAGAAGACCAAGCCCUCCAGGAGAGGACAGGGUCCCACCUAGUGAUCACAAACUGUUCAGCGGAGCACAGCCACCCAGCCUUGUCCUGCAAGAUGGCUGCCGAGUUAGAUGCUUUCUUGGCCAGCAGGCUGAGUUGGUUCUGCCACUUGGAUGAUGACAAUUACCUGAACACAGAGGCCCUGCUGACACUCCUGUCCUCCUUCUCACCCACCUGGGAUGUAUACAUUGGGAAACCAAGUCUGAACAGGCCCAUCAGGGCUUCAGAACCAAUGUCCAACAACCAGACGAGGCCAGUACAAUUCUGGUUUGCUACAGGUGGAGCUGGUUUCUGUAUCAACAGAAAAUUGGCCAGGAAGAUGGUGCCAUGGGCCAGUGGCCCCAAUUUCCUGAGUACCUCUACUAUGAUCCGCCUACCUGAUGACUGCACUGUGGGUUACAUUGUCGAGUGCAAGCUGGGACGCCGCCUGCUCCCCAGCCCUCUGUUCCACUCCCACUUGGAGAAUCUGCAGGCUCUUGGGGCUGCCCAGCUUCCAAAUCAGGUUACUCUCAGCUAUGGAAUCUUUGAGAAGAAACUUAAUGCCAUUGACCUGGAUGGUCCCUUCUCUCCACAAGAAGACCCAUCCAGGUUUCGAUCCCUCCAUUGUCUCCUCUACCCUGACACUUCCUGGUGCCCACAGCAGGCUACUCAGUGACCCCUGACAUUUCUUUCUUGGGACAAAGGCCAAGGAAGAACUUUGGAUAUUGUAUCACUUAUAGAAGAUCUGAGGGUCAUCCCUAGCCCAACUUUUUCUUCUGCAAUGGGAUCCUCAGGGCUCUCUGGUCCUCAGGGAAGAACAAAAGUAUUGUCAGUAGUGCGUUUCCUGACUUCCUUCAGGAUGACAUCUGGUUUUGGAUAGUGACUAUCAUCUAAUCCAAGGCAUCUACUGAUUUCCCUUAUUUAGGGGACACCAUCUCUUCCAGGAGACCUAAUGAAGUAUUGGGUAGCUAAGGAACCUGGCACGGCUGAGUUGGGAGGUGGAAAGGGCCAGGCUCCUUUCAGGCAUAUGGAGGAUGAGUCAAGCAGAGGGUUAGAAUUAGGGUGAGGGACAAGGGACAGUCCUUUGAGGAAAAGGGGCCAGAAGAUGUCUCUAUAUUCCUGGGGUGGGAGGUCCUUAUUGAUCUAAAGAGGGCAAAGCAAAACUCCUAGCUGGAUCUUAGGUCAGGAUUGUCCCUCUUUGGACCUCAGUUUCCUUAUCUGAAAAAUGAGGGAAUCAGGUUUGAUGGUUUCCAAGUUGUAUCCCAUUUCCUUCAUUCUGUGAGCUCUUAGCUCCGACUAUAUUUUCAGGUCCCUAACCUCAGUUUUGACAUUCUAUAUUCUGAGGGUCCCCCCAUUGCUGACAUUUCAUGUUUUGAGGUACCUUCUAACUUUGACAUUCUAUAACUCCCUCUCUACUCACCCAGAUUCUUGUUGGGGCCCUACUCCUCAGGCUGACAGGAAAUCCCUUUGAAUUGGGCUCAUGACUCAGUAGAAUAAAAUGAGACACUAGGGCUGUGUCACAGAAUGGGUCCUUCUCUCAAAACCUCUGUAUGCUAAGGCUCAUCUCAAGACACUUCUAGCAAUCCCCCUAAGGCUCUAAGUGGCAGAGGACUUACUUAUUUGCAUUGGCAAAGGAAGUUCCCUCAUUUGGGAAUUCCCUACACCAAUGAAGCAGCUAGGUUGCACAGUGGGUAGUGCUGGCCCUGGAGUUAGGAGGACCUGAGUUCAAACCUAGCCUUAACUACAUAAUAGCUAUGUGACCUUGAGAAAGUAAUUUCACCCCGAUUGUCUCAGUUUCCUUAUCUGCAAAAUGAACUGGAGAAGGAAAUAGUAAACCACUCCAUUUCUCUGCCAAGAAAACUCCAAACAGGGUCAUGAAGAAUCAGACAUGACUGGAAAAUGACAGAACACUAUACACCAAAGUAAUUGCAAGUCCUAUUCCCCUCAAAAAGCAUCUUGCUAUAGGGUCCAAAGAGCAGGAGAGCCAAUGUGGAGCUGAGUUUGCAGACUUGGAUACCAUCCAUGCUACCUUAGCCCUUCUACUUGUCCUAUAUCCUUCUCCAGUGAUCAGUCCUAGGAUUUAGAACAGGCAUUAGCACCUUACAGGUGACAUGAUUUCACUCUCUUUACAGAGAAGAAAACUGAUCUGGGGAGAGAAAUUGAUUUGCCCAGCUCACAUGGGGAGAGCUUAGCACCCACAUCUUCUCAUUCCCAAUCCAAUGCCUUUUCCACUUCUGGACUUCAAGCCACCUUCUAGUUGUGAUGUGCCAUGAUGAUUGUAGCAGCGUAUGUGGUCUGGUGGCAAGGAAAGAGGGGAGAGUCAAUAGACACAGACCCUUAGCUCGGCUCUUUGGUCCUAAAAUGGGAAUGGGUUCGAGUUGGAAUGUGAGAUGAAUAGGAUGCCAUCUGGUUAAAGCUGAGCCAAGUUACCAGAAAUAAGGUAUAGUAAGGGAGGUCUGGGAAGAGAAAUAAUCCAGGACCUGGUACAUAGUAGGUACUUGAUAAAUUGAUUGCUUGAUGGGGUGUUUAGGGAGCCACCGAAUGGGAUGAGGGGGAGAUUAAAGCAUUCCUGUUUUAUUGAUGCUAUUUUCUUUUACGUUGCUGACAUUUCCCAGUGCACUUUCUCUUCCCUAACCACAAAAUCCUGUAGCAUACUCUCCCCAUACAAAAUAGGACAGUUAAGCAAAACAAAUCAAUACAUUGUCCUUGUCUGAUGACAUAUGUUUCAUUUUUCACCUGUAGUUCCCUACUUCUCAGGCAGAACAAACCAAUACAUUGACUGUGUCUGACAGAAUAUGCCUCAUUCCCUGCCUGUAACUCUCCACCUUUCAGUUUUUCAGUCAACAAGCAUUUAUUUUCUCUCUUCCCUCCCCUGACCCACAAUUUAAAGGAAAAAAAAAGAGGGAAAAAUCCUUGUAACAAAUUUGCUUAGACAAGCAAACAAAUCCCCUCAUUAUCCAUGUCCAAAAACAAUGUGAGUCAUUACUUUUCUGGCAGGAGAUGGGUAGUAGGUUUCAUUGAGAGUCCUCUGCAAUUGUUGUGCAUCAUUGUGUUGAACAGAGUUCCCAAAUCUUUAAAAAAUUUUCAUCUUUACAAUGUUAUUGUUACUAUAUAAAUUAUUCUCCUGGUUCUGAUUACUUCACUCUACGUCAGUUCAUACAAAUCUUCACACAUUUCUUUGAAGCCAUUCAUUUUGUUGUUUCUUAAAAAACCCCAACAAAACAAAACCCAUUACCUUCUGCCUUGGGACCAAUGUUAAAUAUUGAUCCCACAGCAGAAGGAAAUGGAAGUUAAGUGACUUGCCCAGGGUCAUACAGCUAGGACAUGCUCAAGUUCAGAUUUGAAUCCAGGACCUCCUGUCUCCAGGCUGAGUUUUCUAUUCUCUGAGCCACCUAGCUGCCCCUCCUUCAUCAUUUCUUACAGCAUAAUAGUAUUCAAUAAUAUCUGCUAUAACUUCAACUAUUCUCCAAUGGGUAUUUUUACUGUCUGGCAUAAGAAACCAUUACACUGGCAGUGUCUGAUUACAUACAUAUAUUUCAUUCCU